GUCUACUGAGCCACAUCAACAUCUGAAACCAACUUGCGAAACAAAAGUUACACUGUAAUCAGAGCGGGGAAAGCAGGAAUCUGUAAUCAUGGUUAAAGGGUUGAUGUCAGUGCUUUUGGUCCUGGUGGCUGUCUCUUCCAGCUUUGGAAAACCUGAAAAAAAUAGUUCUGCCAAAAAGGAGAAGACAUUUCCACAGACUCUGUCUAGAGGGUGGGGUGACGAGCUCACUUGGACACAAACCUACGAAGAAGCUUUGUUCAGAGCCAAAUCAAGCAACAAACCCCUUAUGGUCAUCCAUCACUUGGAAGAUUGCCCCCACAGUCAAGCCAUGAAGCAAAUAUUCGCAAAUAAUAAAGAAAUUCAGAAGAUGGCUGGAGAGGACUUCAUCCUGUUGAACCUUGUGUUUGAAACUUCAGACAAGCACCUUGCCCCAGAUGGUCAGUAUGUACCCAGAUUCAUCUUUGUUGACCCGUCUCUGACAGUGAGAGCUGACAUAACUGGAAGAUAUGGAAACCGUCUCUAUGCUUAUGAACCUGCAGACAUUGAUCUGUUGAUUUCCAACAUGAAGAAAGCCAAGAAGCUGCUGAAAACUGAAUUAUAGGAGGAAGCUGUGUAACCUCUGAGAGGUCCCUGGAAUUCCUCAUGCAGGGUUUGUGUGGAGCAGCAGCCAGCCUGGGCAGUUUACUGCUGCAACAUUAAGCACUGGUCUAUUACAUGUUUUCAUAAAGUUUAGAAUAUGCAAACAUACAACUGUUAAUUUUUUUAAUAAAAUUAGCUGUUUUCAAUAAAA